GUGCCUCCUCCACACCCUUCGAUCAGCUGUCACGUGUUGUCCGCCGCAAGCAUGCGAGCUUCCAUCAUCAGAGACGACAUCGAGGAAAUGGGGGUGUGUUUUCUCCACGCCCUCCCGCCACAUGACGCUUCAUCGACGGACUCAUCUUCGGACCCACGCAUCACCGAACUUCUCGACUCCUACGGCGACGUGUUCAAAGGCCCGCACGGAGUAGUACCGGAUCGGCCCAUCCGCCACGAGAUCAUCCUUGAGGACGGGGCUGUACCUCCGCAUGGUUGCAUCUACCGAAUGAGCGAGGACGAGUUAAGUGUGCUGCAGGCACAACUCGACAACCUUCUGGAGAAAGGUUGGAUUCAACCUAGCUCAUUGCCAUACGGUGCUCCCGUUCUCUUUGUCCGGAAGAAGAACAAGGAUUUGCGAUUGUGCAUCGAUUAUCGCAAGCUCAACGCGCAAACGGUCAGAAACGCCGGCCCUCUUCCACACAUCGACGACCUUCUCGAACGGCUGGGCGGCGCCAAGUUCUUCUCCAAGCUGGACCUCAAGUCGGGAUAUCACCAACUCGAGAUUCGGCAGGAGGACCGCUACAAGAUUGCGUUUAAGACACGAUAUGGGCAUUUCGAAUGGCUAGUUAUGCCAUUUGGCCUUACGAAUGCCCCGACUUUCCGAGCGGCUAUGACAACGGAGUUCCGACACAUGCUGGAUUUAUUCGUACUUAUCUACCUCGACGACAUCCUGGUGUACAGCUGGAGUUUGGACGAGCAUGUGGAACACCUGCGCACCAUUUUGAAGCGGCUACGACAAGCCAAGUGUAAAGCCAACCGCGACAAAUGCGAAUUCGCGCGGCAAGAGUUGGAGUACUUGGGACAUUAUGUGACGUCGCAAGGCAUCCGUCCGCUUGCGGACAAGAUCGAGGCCCUCCGCGUAUGGCCCGAGCCCACCAACACCACGGACGUCCGUUCAUUCAUGGGGUUGGCGGGCUACUAUCAGCGAUUCAUCACCGGGUACUCAAGGAUUGCCGCACCUAUGACGAGAUUACAAUCGCCAAAGGUGCCAUUCAUAUUCGAUGACGACGCACGCCGGUCAUUCCAAGCACUUAAGACGGUCAUGCUCAUGGCACCCGUCCUUAACAUCUAUGACCCCACCCUGCCUACGAGAGUGACAACUGAUGCUUCCGGCUAUGGCAUUGGGGCAGUCUUGGAACAAUACGACGGCGACGACUGGCACCCUGUGGAGUCUUUCAGCCACAAAGUGCCUCCCAUCAAUUCACUUGAUGAUGCAAGGAAAAAGGAGCUGCUCGCGUUCGUGAUGGCUCUCAAGCGAUGGCGGCACUUCCUCCUUGGGCGUCGACGGUUCACAUGGGUCACGGACAACAACCCAUUGACCUACUACAAGACGCAGGAUACGGUGAGCAGCACGAUCGGAAGAUGGAUGUACUUCAUCGACCAAUUUGACUUCACACCGAAACAUCUCCCCGGCCUCUCCAAUCGCGCGGCAGAUGCACUCUCACAAAGACCCGAUCUUUGCGCUAUGACACAUCAUGCCUUCGCAUUCGACGAGGAACUCCAGCGACACUUCAUCCGGGGCUAUGAGUUUGAUCCGGACUUCGCCACAUUAUAUGCGCAGCUAUCUUCGGAUCACCCGCCGGCCAGCCACUAUCGCAUUGUUGACGGGUACUUGCUCCUCCACUCGAGAGGCAAGGACUUAUUGUGUGUUCCACGAGACCGUCGUCUUCGGACUCGCCUUCUCGGGGAGUACCAUGACUCGCGACUCGCCGGCCAUUUCGGAGUCAACUGCACUAUUGCACGGCUUCGACAACGAUUCCGAUGGCCCGACCUCAUUACCGAUGUCACUUGGUAUUGCGACUCUUGCGAAGUUUUCCGACGAAGCAAGCCCCGCAAUCGCAACCCCUACGGCCAGUUGCGCCCGAUGCCUAUCCCACGGGAACCCGGCCUUUCCAUUGCCAUGGAUGUCACCGGACCAUUUCCCCGCGAUCGCCUCGGGCACGACGACAUCCUCACGGUUGUGGACCAUUUGAGCCGUAUCUUCACCGACCUUCUCCUCCCACGACCAGCUGACAUCGACGCCGCUUGCUCUCCCUUUUCCGUCCGGAAGUACAGGGAAUUGCUGGCUCAAGCCCGCGCAAAUAUGCAAAAGGCUCAAGUCCGCAUGCAGCAGCAAGCCAAUAGGCGUCACGUGCCAUGUCCCAUCCGCGCCGGUGAUUUGGUUUGGGUCUCCGCGGAAGAGUUUGCACUGGAACAGGAUGUUUCAUGCAAACUGCUUCCCAAGUGGUUUGGACCAUGGCCCGUAACAUCAGCCCCGGGCGAUGAGCCCGAUGGCCCUUCAUUUGUGAUCAACAUUCCCCCGCAUCUGACGGUCCAUCCAGUCUUUCACGCCUCGAAGCUGGCAACAUACACACCAACUAAGAGCGACGACUUCCCGGGCCGACGAUCGCAGGACCCUCCUUCUAUGGAUGGUCACCAGGAAGUUGACCACGUCAUCACGGAUCGCAAGUACGGCAACAAGCCUCGACAGUACAAAGUUACAUUCAAAGCAUGCGAUCCCGACGACACUCAGUGGAUUUCAGGAACAGAUUUGAAAGCAUCCACACCGCUGAUCUACACUCACAACGAGCGACAAAGGUUAGCUCAGGGACCUUCACGACCUGCCCCUCCCACCCGAACUGUGGUCCCUCCCUCAGACAGAUAGCUUCGCCCUCGCAGAAAAAGGUGAUGAAGAAUUGAGGACCUGGCCUCCCUGAGCAACAUGCAACAAAUGUCUCAAGAAACU